UCUACCAGACUCACUCCACACUCCGCUUCUGUGGAACGGACGAAGCUAACCAGCAACAGCGAGCGAUGAGGCCAUCUACUAUGGCUCGAGCCCUCGCGGCCGCGGCUGCCAUCCUCGCCGCCGUGGUCUGCGUCGGCGCGACCCCGGAGACGACGUGCAGGGCGGCGGCGGGCAGCGACAGGCGCGUGGACUACCACUUCUGCGUGUCCAGGCUGAGCCAGCACCACGACAGCCCCGACGCCGAUACGUGGGGGCUGGCCAAGGUGGCCGCCGACGUCGGCGUCCUCAUGGCCGGCAACGGCGCCUACGACAUCAAGGCCAUGCUCGCCGGAAAAAAGGAGCAGCCAGCGGCGGCACGCGGGCCGCUGGAGCAGUGCGAGGCGCUGUACGACAGGAUGGGCUCCGCGUUCGCCGAGGCGUACGACGGGAUUGACAGGCGCGACUACGCGACGGGCAAGGAGAAGGCGGGCGAGGCUGCGUCCCUCGCGCGCCGGUGCGCCGCCGCCUUCGCCCGGGCCGGCGUCGCUAUCCCGUCGCGGCUGGCGAAGCAGAGCGCCGACUCGGCGCAGAUGGCCAUCGUCUGCACCGCCGUUACCAACCUCAUCAAGUGAUGUCUGCACCGCAUUGUUUGCCCGUCGAGAGAAAUGGGUCAUGUUCUGCAUUGUUGGUUGCUCGACCGUGAUGUCAUUCAUGUACGCUUGUGUUUGUGAUAUCGGUCGUUGAUAGUGCACUUAGUGGUAGCAGUAGUACGACGUUCUUCAGUGUGUGUCAGUGAUCAUUCAGAAGGGAAUAAACAGGUGAAUUAUCUUUUCCAUCUAA